AAACCCUAAACGACAUAAAGCCUACCGUUUUGCCAAAACCCUAAAAGAAUUUUUGCCUGAAAAACAGCCGCUGCACCGUUUCUCUUCCGCGAGUAUGAAUGUGUAACACACAGAAUAAUAAUAGGUGAACCCCAAACCCCAAAAAUCUUCUUCAUUUUUUUUUUCUCCGAAAAACAACGAAACCAUCUUCUUUUUUAUAACAAAUAGAAUAGUAGGUUGAAGAAAUUCCUAUAUUUCUAAUAUCAAAUCCAAGCAAAAAUGGUGAAGAGGAGCAAAAAGAGUAAGAGUAAGAGGGUUCCAUUGAGGAAGAAGUACAAGAUCAUAAGGAAGGUGAAGGAGCACCACAAGAAGAAAGCCAAGGAGGCCAAGAAGCUUGGUUUCAGCGGCAAGCGCAAGGUCGAGAAAGAUCCUGGUAUCCCCAAUGACUGGCCUUUCAAGGAACAGGAGCUCAAGGCCCUCGAAGCUCGCCGAGCUCGUGCUCUUGAGGAAUUGGAGCAAAAGAAAGCCGCCCGCAAGGAGAGGGCGCAAAAGAGGAAAUUGGGAUUGUUAGAGGAUGAUGAUAUCCCUAAACUGUCUGAAAAAGAUGAGGAAAAGGGUAAUGAGGAUUAUGCUGGAUUCGUGAAAAGCCGAGACAACUCAGAUAGGGCUUUCUACAAGGAGUUAGUGAAAGUUAUAGAAGCAUCUGAUGUCAUUUUGGAAGUACUUGAUGCUCGGGAUCCCUUGGGUACACGAUGUAUGGAUAUGGAAAAGUUGGUGAUGAAAUCAGGUCCUGAUAAGCAUCUUGUGUUGCUGCUAAAUAAAAUUGAUCUGGUCCCGAGAGAAGCUGCUGAGAAGUGGCUCAAUUAUCUUAGAGAAGAAUUACCAGCUGUUGCUUUCAAGUGCAGCACUCAAGAGCAGAGAUCAAAUUUAGGGUGGAAAUCUUCCUCGAAGGCAGCGAAGACCAGUAACCUUCUGCAGACAAGUGAUUGUCUUGGAGCCGAGACGCUUAUCAAAUUGUUAAAGAAUUACUCAAGAAGCCAUGAGAUCAAGAAGUCAAUUACAGUCGGUGUUAUUGGCCUGCCCAAUGUUGGUAAGAGUAGUCUCAUUAAUAGCUUGAAGAGGUGUCAUGUGGUCAAUGUUGGUGCUACUCCUGGAUUAACCAGAUCAAUGCAAGAAGUUCAGUUAGACAAGAAUGUCAAACUGUUGGAUUGCCCUGGUGUUGUAAUGCUAAAGUCUAGAGAGAAUGAUGCGUCGAUAGCUCUUCGGAAUUGCAAAAGAAUUGAAAAGUUAGAUGACCCAAUUCUUCCAGUGAAGGAAAUUCUUAAGCUUUGCCCAGCAAGGAUAUUGGUAACCCUUUACAAGCUCCCAAGCUUUGAUUCUGUUGAUGACUUUCUGCAGAAGGUGGCUACCCUUAGGGGUAAGCUUAAAAAGGGUGGUAUUGUAGAUAUUGAAGCUGCAGCUAGAAUUGUUCUGCACGACUGGAACGAGGGUAAAAUUCCAUAUUACACUAUGCCCCCAAAUAGGGAUCAAGGAGAACCUGAAGAAGCAAGGAUUGUUUCACAGCUUGGAAAGGAGUUUAAUAUUGAUGAAAUUUACAAUGGAGAAUCAUCAUUCAUUGGAAGCCUCAAGUCCAUUAAUGAUUUCCAGCCUGUUGAAGUUGCCCCUGGCCAACCUCUCAAAUUUGACGAAGCCAUGUUAGAGGAUAAUAAGACAGAGCAAGGAACUUCAACUCAAGGUGACAAAAGUCUCAGCAAUGUGGAUGAUGACCACAUUGACGAUGAUCAGUCAAUGCUAGGAGAAGAAAAUGAUGGUGGCAAGGCCAAGGGGAAGACAGCUAAUAGCAGGCAAAAUGAGAAGCUGUAUGAUGCAGAAGGUAUACUGAAUACAAAAAUGAAGAGAGCAGAGAAAAAGAGACGGAAAAAGGCUAGUAAAUCAUCCUCAGUGGAUGCCAUGGAUGAUGACUAUGACUUUAAGGUGGAUUUCGUGAAGAAGGGAUCUGCCAUGGAUGUCAGUGAUGAGAGUGAAGAUGAUAAUUAAAUUACUGGUAAAAAAUGCCUAUAAUUGGCAAUAAGGUGCCUCUAGAUUCCUUGUAUUUCACUUAUCAAGUUGUCAAUUUCUUUAAUCAAAUGUUUAGAUAUAUAUAUAUAUAUAUAUAUAUUCAAUUGUUAUUUUUAA